CUUCAGAAGAAAUCCUGCGAAUCUUCAAGGCGGCGUUUGAGUUCGAAAGGCACCGAAGUAAACCAUGGAGAUUCUGGCUCUGGCCUGUCUUCUCUUGACCAUCGGGAGCUCGGCAGGGUUUCCUCAAGACCAGGAGCGGGAAGCCAGGGUUUCAGCCGCCUUCCAGAAGCUCCGUUCGCCUAUCACGGAGGUUCCCUUGGCCGAGAUGUUCAAGUUGAUGACGAAUCGGAAUAAUAUUAAGUUCUACGUGGACUGCGUUACGGAGAAGGGGAGUUGUAACAGCAUCGGGAAGGCUAUGCAGAGUUUGAUCCUAGACGUUCAAGCUGGAGGCGAGAUCUGCCGAGGCUGCAGCGCCUGCGAGAUGGAACGCGUCCAGUACAUGUUGGACACACUGAGGACGGAGUACACGGACCUCGCGUGUCAGAUUCAGAACUACUUGAAGAAACCCGUGUUCGCUGGGCAAAACCCUUGCCUUUAACUCCCUUCUCUCUCUGGGAGGGAUUAGAGCACUGUGAUCGCGGAUUUCUCGCGGGAUUUGUGGAUUUUCUUUUCGUGUUUUUUGCUUUUCUCUCUCUCUCUUUUUUUCUUAAUUGGAGUUAUUGGGCUUCGAUGAAAUGUAAAGGAUUUUUUUCUUUUCUUUUCUUUGUGCAAAUUUCUGUGCCUCGUGUUUGAAGAAUAAAUUUGGCUUUGAAU